AGCAAGAGGAAGAGAAACUUGGAGGAUUUCGACCCCAAUAAAUCUGACUCUGAGGACGAAAACUUUGAUCCGACAGAGGCAAGGCCGAGUCGAAGCUCCAAGAAAACCCGCCAAUCCAGAGGUGUCAAAUCGGGCCAAAAGCGGACUAACCGAUACCGUGGCUCUGACAUUGAUGAAGACGGAGACGAGCUUUCCGAUAGCGACGAAGGCUCAUUUGUCGAAGCUACUGAAGAGUCAGAGGACGAAGAUGCCCCCAGAAAUGCUGCCGGGCGGAAAGCUAGAAAGGUAGCAGUCAAGCAGCAAAACUAUAAAGAGAGCAGCGAGGAUGAGGAUGACUUGGAAGAAAAGGAGGAAGAUGAGGAGCUUGACGAGCUCGAUGAUAUUCCUCUCAAGCCCGGCAAGCCUGUCCAGGCUGAAUCCGAACCGAGGAGGCUGGUCAAGCUCAAGGUCCCUGGUCCAGCGUUAGCCCAGACACGCCGGACCAGGGCACACACUGAAGAUGCGGAAGACUUCGUGGAGCUAUCUACUUCUGGUCGACAUGCUGUCGUAUCUCGAAACUCGCCAAGCAAGAGCCCCGAAGCAGUCACGCGAAGCGGCAGGGCUACUCGUGGCAUGAAGGGCGUCAAGACCGCUCCAGAGCCAAUUCAAGAGGCGUCUAAUGAAGGUAGCAGCAGCUUCCGCAAUGCAAAUGAUGCCGAUGCUCCUGAUGAGCUCUCGCAAAGUUCACCGGCCAAAAGGAAGCACGAGGACAUUGACUCUGACAUGCCGGAUGCUGCCAAGGAAGCUGAUGAGGCCCAAGGAGAAGAGGAUCCUGUCGACGAGAUCGCUGCUACAAAACAAGUUGAAGCCGAAGACGACGACGACGACGACGACGACAUACCUACUACUCGGCGGACAAGGAGCGCUCGUACUGCUGGUUCUGCUGCUGCUUCCGCGGAAAAUGCUGUUGAUGGCAUCCGUCGGUCUGGCCGACUGACGAGGGGCUCCAAGAAAUCUACUCAAGAGCAUAGUAGUGACUUUGAGCCAGGUGAUGAUUCCGAAGAUGCUGAAGCCUCUGAUAAGGAGCGGCGCAGAAAGAACGAUGUUAUGGAGAGUCCAACUCCCCGUGGAAGGAAGACUCGGUCCAGAGGCCGGACCUCCCGCCGUAGAAACUCUUCUGCUGACGACGAACCUGAUUUUGACAUGGACGAACUCAACGAAGAAGCUCGUGAGCUUAGACGGUCAGCGAAGCCACACAAGGCCCGGACAGAAUCUCCCAUUAUGUACCAAGAAAGUUCCCGCCGACCGCGACGCCCGGUCAACUACUACAUGCCUCCCUUAACCGCUGUCAACAUUGAAGAUGAGGCAGAGGAUCCUGCUCCCACGCCCGCUCGCAAUCGCCGGCGAGGUGGCGCCAGCGCCGGCUGGGAUAGGAAUCUAAACACUACAUACGGCCCCUUUGGUGGCGGCGGCGAGGUCGGAUCGUUGCUGGCCGGCCCAUGGGGUACUGGUGCCGCUGGUGGUGCGGACUCCGAUAGCAGUGAUGAUGAGAUGAUGCAUCGAUCCAAUGCUGCCGGAAAUGUAGGCAUGACACCGACAUCUGCCGCUCCCGCUGGCGGCCUUGUCUCUGGCGGCCAGGGGCUGGGUGUUGACGGCAUGGGCGCCACUCCCAACGUUGGCAAGAUCAAGGACCGCAAGGCACUGGCUGAUGCCGAUCCUCUGGGCGUGGAUUUGAAUGUGGACUUUAGCAAAGUUGGUGGCUUGCAAGGCCAUAUCGAUCAGCUCAAGGAGAUGGUUCAGCUUCCUUUGCUGUAUCCUGAGCUCUUUACGAGAUUCCAUGUCACGCCGCCUCGCGGAGUGCUGUUCCAUGGUCCACCGGGAACCGGUAAAACCUUGCUUGCUCGUGCCCUUGCCAACUCGGUCGGUUCUGGAGGAAAAAAGAUAUCUUUUUACAUGCGUAAAGGUGCUGAUGCCCUCAGCAAGUGGGUUGGUGAGGCUGAAAAGCAGCUUCGCUUGCUUUUUGAAGAGGCGAGAAAGACCCAGCCUAGCAUCAUCUUCUUUGACGAGAUUGAUGGAUUGGCGCCCGUCAGAUCGAGCAAACAAGAACAGAUUCACGCCUCCAUUGUCUCGACGCUAUUGGCUUUGAUGGACGGCAUGGACGGACGUGGACAGGUCAUUGUCAUUGGCGCCACCAAUCGGCCAGACAACAUUGACCCUGCCCUUCGACGACCUGGCCGAUUUGAUAGAGAAUUCUACUUUCCUUUACCUGAUAUUGAAGGGCGUCGAUCCAUCCUUAACAUCCACACGCAAGAUUGGGGCCUGUCGAAUGAUUUCAUGCAGUCACUAGCAGAGAACACAAAGGGCUAUGGUGGUGCUGACCUGAGGGCCCUCUGCACCGAGGCAUCUCUGAAUGCUAUCCAGCGAACCUACCCACAGAUUUACUCAUCCAAAGAGAAGCUGCUUGUUGAUCCGGCCAAGAUUUCGGUUCAUGCUUCUGAUUUCAUGAUUUCAAUCAAGAAGAUGAUACCUUCGUCGGAGCGGUCUGCGACAUCUGGAGCACGCCCACUCCCAGCCUCUAUUAGGCCUCUUCUGCGUGAUCAGUUUGACGAAGCUAAGCGGGCACUUGAUCGGCUGUUGCCCCGUAAAAAGAAGACGACUGCAUUGGAAGAAGCCAUGUACGAGCAGUACGAAGACAAGGAUCAUGGAUUCGGCCGUGAGGCCCUGAGCCAAGAGUUUGAACGCUCUCGAGUCUUCCGGCCCAGAUUCCUCAUCUCCGGUGCCCAUGGGAUGGGUCAAGGUUACAUUUCAUCUGCAAUCCUCCAUUACUUUGAGGGAGUCCACGUUCAAAACUUUGAUCUCCCCAGCCUGCUUAGUGACGUACGACCAAUGGAGCAAGUAAUUGUUGGCCUUUUCACCGAAGUGAGGCGCCAUAAACCUAGUGUCAUCUACAUACCAAACAUCGACACCUGGUACUCGGCACUGACUGGAACGAUGGCACUCGUUACCUUCCGUAUGAUGUUGAAAUCCAUCCCCCCCACAGACCCUAUACUUCUCUUUGCUACUGCGGAUUGCGAAAAGAAGUGGCUUCCGCGGGAAUUGAUUCAGGACUUUUUCGGCUACUCUAGUAAAAACCAGAUGGAGAUUCAGAGGCCUGAAAAGGCCAAUCGCAUGGAAUAUUUUGCGAAAACACUGGAUUAUGUGAAGCUGAACCCUCACGAAUUUCCGGACCUGGAAAACCGCAAGAAGAGAGUUCUCGAGGAGCUCCCGGUGGCUCCUCAAGCGACGCCCAGGCCGCCCACCAAAGACGAGAUGAAGGCCCAGAAGAAGAGAGACCACCAGCUCCUCAAUGCUCUCAAGAUUCAGCUGCAGCCCAUUAUGGAUCAGAUCAACCGUAGAUAUAAAAAGUUCAGACAGCCAGUCAUUCAACAAAACCAAAUUGAUUACCUCUUCCUGGAGGCGGACCCGAAUUAUGUACGGCCGGAUCUUGCAGAGGGGGAGAUUAGGCCCUUUGAGAUUACCAAGGAUAAAUAUGGCAAUGAAGUGCUUAUGCACGCUGAAUCCGGAAAGUACUAUUACAAUCUCGAAACCACGACGAUCGAAGAGCGCUUGUCAAACGGAUUCUACGCUCGCCCCAAAGACUUUCUGUUUGAUAUCAAGUCUUUGGCAAGAGAUGCCAAGAAUAUCGGUGACAAGGAGCGCACUCUCAAGGCCAAUGAGCUGCUCAGUAACGUCGAGGUCGAUGUAGCCAGCAUCGAAAACAGCACUGGCCAUAUUGACUGGGAAGCGCUCUACCAGCGCCAGCAGCACCGAGCUAAGGAAGCAGCCGCGAAAGCGCGGAAGCGAAUAGCGAUGCAGUCUGUGUUGGAGAGGGUUCAGUCAGACCUCGGCGGAGGCAACGACAGCGAUUCACAAGGCCCUCUUACACUUGGAGAGACGGUGCCGGGAGCUCGUACGACGGCUCGGUUCCAAAUAAUACGAAGCCCCUUGUCCAAUGGACAUGGCGAAGCUGGCCAAGACGAGCAUCAGCUGAGCAAUGGCACCUCUACCUCCAACCCGCUUAAAGAGGGUGAUGUACAAAUGAGUGGGACCGAUGACGAUACUACCCAAAUGGCAUCCCAAUCUCAGUCCCUACAACAGAUGACGUCUCCCAUGGGCCCGCCGCCGAAGUCGCAAGACGCGUCUUCGAGAAACCUGGGAGGGACGCAAGUAUCCCAACGAUCCGUGGUUACUGCUCUGCCUCCUGGCAUGUCGCCGUCUGCUGUGAUUAACGAAGCCUCCACGACGAAGACAUCGGAUCUGUCAACCCAUCGCUCAUCCAACUGGAGCCAGAGCCAAAACACAAAUGGUAACCACGAUGAAAACCGCCCGGUUGAACCAAACGAACAGACUGAUAUCCCCGACACACUACCCAUUGGGCAGAACAAUAGUCUUUUAUCGUCCAACGAGGACAUUUGGCAGUCCACACAACUUCGAGCACAGCAGCAUGUCGACAGUUCUCCCCCUCUGCUCAUAGAUCGGCCAUCUCCCCGCUCACACAGACAUCAGAGCCCAGUGGGUACGAAAUCAGUGAUUAGCUUGCCCUCUCACGAUGGAAGCCCGGAGGAGCAACACUCAUCGUCCCGCAACUCUGGCCAGCAAGCUUCCCAGGCUUCCCAGCCUCUAUCGGUAAAAGAGCAGCUGGAGAGCUUUUUGCAUCGAAUGACGGACGUCACCUCGGGCUGCACCAUUGAACAGCUUGAACAAAUCAACCGAGAGAUGAUGGAUGAGAUGUGGCGAAGCCGACAUGAAUGGAAUCGGUUGAAGGUGCUCUGGGACGUGACGUCGGUAUUCAACCAGACGAUUAGCGAUAUCGAAAGUACGCAAGGCGUGGGUCCGCUGAGCCAGCAGCGGGAUUAC